AUGACACAACAACCUCUGGCCAUCAUCCGACCCAGAAUAGAAGCCGAAGUCUCCGCAUUCAUCCAGGAAUUGCAUGCCCAGGACAUUCCCUUCGGCACCAGAAGUGGUGGCCACGAUAUGACUGCUGCCCAGGCUCGAGGAAGAGACGGGGUCAUGAUCGACUUGAGGGCCAUGGGUAGCAUCUCCAUCGCCGAGGACAAGAAGUCUGCUCGCAUCGGUGGUGGGACUCUGAGCAUCAAGCUCUCAAACUUCCUGCAGCAGCACAAACUCCUCACGCCCCACGGCUGGUGCCCGACUGUAGGGACCGUGGAUACCGACGACCACCCUGACCUGCUCUGGGCUCUGAGGGGCGUUGGCAACAGCAACUUUGGCAUCUUGGUUGAGCAUCGAAUCAAGCUUUAUCCCAAGACGGGCUUCCUGGCCGGGUUCCUCGGAUUCCCCGCCGCAGAGGCCGGCGACGUGCUGAUCAAGUUCGGAAAGUUUGAGAAGGAGCUGCCGAUCAACUUCAUUGGCGAAGCAACACACAUGACCCUGCCCGGUGUCGGUCCCGUGCUCGCGUGGUUGUCUGCUUGGACCUCGGAGGACGAUGAUGUCGACAACGGGUGGAGGUUUCUGGAGAGGAUGAAAGCGCUCGCUCGGCACACCGAUACUCAAAAAGUCUCGGUAGUUGACGACUACACGUUCCUGAACACAAUUCCUUCGCCCACCAACACCCAUUGGCACCCUCGUCUCGGGACAUUUGAAUACCUUGCGCCAGAAUUGGCCAACGUGUUUGUGUCCCAUCCGCCUCCAGGAGCGGCUUGCGCAACAGUUAUGCACACCGCUCAUGGACGAGCCCUCAACAAGAAACCGGGGGCAUGCCACCCGCCGCGCACGAGGCGCCGCAUCGCGGCGAUCUCAGUAGGCAUAGUCGACGCCACAGCGCAGGCAGCCGAGUACGAGAAGUACAAAAAUUGGGCGGACGACAUGGUGGACGAUUUGUGCAAGCAGCGGCAUGCGCUGCUCUACGGGUGCCGUAACCUGAGUUCGGACACGGACGUGGACUGGGUGGCCACAUACGGCGAGGAGACGGCGGCUAGGCUGAAGGAGGUUAAGAAAAAGUUUGAUCCCGCAAACGUCUUCAAGAACGGCUACCCACGACUGGAUCUGCUACGAGGAGAAAUCUGGGCCGCGGCGGCCGCCCCCAUUACCGUUUUUAGCAUCCCGUGA